AUGGAAGAAGAAUUAGAUCCAGAUAUAAUAAAAGCCACGCAGUCUUCUUUAGGGAAAUACAUAAAACGACCGCCUCUGACAGAUAAAUUACUGAAGAAACCACCGUUUAGAUUCCUUCACGAUAUUGUAACGAGUAUAAUAAAAAAUACAGGAUUUUUUGACGGGCUAUUUGAAGAAGACGAAUUAAAAUCUGAAAAUGUGAAAGACAGAGAAAGCAAAAUAUUGUUUCUUAACAAAGUUAUAUCAGUUGUUGCUAGUACUACAGGAAAGACCUUGCUUGUUAAGCCAUCAAAAAUUGUAUCCGGACAGGAACCUGACAAAACUAAUGAGUUAUUACAAUAUAUAGCACUGGCAUUAGAUAAAAAACUGAGCUCCGACGAAGCUGUUAGGCAAUACAAGGAAACAUUAAAACAAGAUAAUAAAAGUAAAGAAACAAAAGUUGUGAAGAAAAAUCAAAUAACAAAGAAAUUAACAUCCUCACAGAGCACAGAGAAGUUGAUAAAAAAUGAGAAAAAUGAUUCAAUACUAUCAAAUAAAACAAAACAAAAAGAUCAGACAAAAAAAGAAUCUCCUCCCAAAAGAAUAUCGACACAGCCAUCAAAAACAUCAAUUAAAAUUGGUCCAAAUAAAAAUAAGCAAGAAAUUAAUAAGCAGAGUAAAAUAUCAGUAAGUAAAAAUAAUACCAAUGUUACAAACAGCUCUUCAAAUAAACAAAAUUCUUUACAUACUGAUGAUCAUACAAAGGAACCCGAAUUAGCACAGAAUGAUAAAAAUAUUGAAGUUCCAAAUGUUGAUGACUCUGUUAUUAGUAGAACUGAAAUUGAGAGUGAGAAUAAUGAAUCAAAAACUUCAAUAAACAAUGAAGAUCCAAAUAUUACAGAAGAUUUCAAAGAUAAUAAUCAAGAUGAGAAGGAAAGCAAUGUUAAGGACAAAACAAUAGCACAAAACCCAGUUGAAAUAAAUAAUAAAAAUGAUAAUAAAACUGUGAAUACUGACACAAGUAAUGAUCAUGCAAUAAAAAACGAAUCAGAUGAAUCCAAUGAUAAAAGUGAAGUUAUCAAUGUACCAAAAACUAAUGACAAAUUAAACUUUGAACAAAUAAAACCUGAAGUGAAUGUUAAGAGACCAUCGAGUGUGAGACCUUCAUCCUCAAGACCCAGCGCUCCAAGACUCAGAGACAAACAUGAAAAUGUUAUUAAUAGUAAUGAGAAUAUUAUUGUUGGUAAAGUUACUAUAAUACCAGAAAGCACAACAGAGGAGGAUGACGAUAACAGUAUAGUAAUUGUAGACAAUACUCAAGCCGCAACCGACUAUCAGAAUCAAAGUGACGAAUUGCAACAACGCGGCCAUCUUGUGCAACAAAUACUUGACGCACAGAAGGAGUUUUCACAAACGUCCGGAAAGACAGAGAUUGAAUGGCAGUUUGGCGUUCAAAAAUCAAGAGACAUAGUGAACGAGGAAAUUGAACAAUUACGAUUUAACAUCCAGGCGUUGUCGCGUGUAGCUAAUCCUUUAGGCAAGUUGUUGGAUCAUAUACAAGAAGAUGUUGAAGUAAUGAGACAGGAACUUCACCAAUGGACGAAUACCUAUGAAGAUGCUUCUAAGGAACUAUUGAAACAAAGGGCAGCCAACGAAGAAUCGCUGUUUCCGCUGCAUAAUAAAAUAAAACAAUUAGAUCUCGAUAUAGCAGAGAAGCAGGACAAAAUAAAUGAUCUCAAAAUCAUUAUACACAAAAAUGCAUUUAGAAUCGAAAAACUAUUAGCCAACGGGCAGAGGCAUUUUUUAUAA